AUGCGAUGGUGCUGCGGGCCGGCUGGGCCCGCUACGCCCCUACUAGAGGCCACACCACAGGGCCUUAUCGACGCAUUCGGGCCAAUGAGUAUUCGUCCUCAUAACACGGCGUUGCUGAUCAGCGAGGGUGAAGCUGAAGGUGCAUUUCUGGAAAAACUACGCGGUCUUGGAUGGUCGAUUAACGUGUCGCCAGUUUCGCAAGCCGUCUGUUCCGUUCAGCAGCUACGUCCGAUUCUUCUGCUGCUUGACAACAGAAUACCUGAGCUGCCAGCACUGUCUAGUAGAGAGCAGCUCCCAACGGGCUCGUCUACCACUACCACCGACUUUGUGUGUUUCUUUCACCGUUGUCUCGAAUUUCAUGUGUGUGUGCGAGCGCCCUUCCCUGCCAGCUAA